GUAAAUUUUUUAUCCUUCAUAAAAAAAAAGGGUAUAAUUUGGAAUAAAAUAAGUCUUAAGGACGAAAAUCGGUGGGGACAUUACUGUGGAUUGGGUUCUUACAGGUUCUGCCAAUGGACGGUGGAACCAGACGGGAACGAGGAGAUGAUAGUAGUCCCUCAGUUGAAGAUGCCCUAGUCCUCUUUAUAUCUACGCGCACUCCUUCCACGCCCCUUUACUACUCGUGUUUUAUCUUUUCGCCGGUCACUUUCAAGGCCAAUAAUUCGUCUGAUCCAUUGAUUUCUCGCUGCGAGUUGGACUUCUUGAUCGGUCUUAAGAGAGACUUUGAUGGCGUCAAACUCAUAGUUAUUUAUCAAAUUUGAUCUCCCAUACGUACACGUUUUCGUGGUUUUUUCGAGUCGUUGACUUCCCCUAUACAAACUUGUAAGGCUUUAUGAAGAUUUCGUGUCUGUUAUCCUUUCAAUAAUCGAGCGAUUAUUGAGUUCCUUACUUCCCCAAAAGAUAGAAGAAGAAGUGCUUUGAUGCAGGGAAUUGCUGGUCUAGGGCAAGACAACUUGGUAUAAAGCAGUAAUUUGUUUUGAUGCUCCCUGCGAGCCGGAUUUGCAUGGAGAAUCCUAAAGCAGAGGACUCUGAUGAGGAGGCUCCUGGCGCUUUGAGUGAGUUUGGGAAUGUUCAUCUGGAGAAGCCAUUAUCAGCUCCUGGUGCCAAAAAUGGCCCCUCCUCUACCAAUAGUGUUCACGAAUUACUUGAAUGUCCGAUAUGCACUAAUUCGAUGUAUCCUCCAAUAUACCAGUGUCCAAAUGGUCACACUCUUUGUUCGAACUGCAAGCUUAGAGUACAUAACCAAUGCCCUACUUGUCGCCUUGAACUCGGUAAUAUCCGAUGUCUUGCCCUUGAAAAGGUGGCCGGGUCACUCGAGCUUCCUUGUAAAAACCAGGCAAUGGGAUGCUUAGGAAUAUUUCCAUAUUAUGAAAAGUUAAAACACGAACAAUCAUGCAAAUUCAGGCCUUAUAAUUGUCCAUAUGCGGGGUCCGAAUGCGCCGUUACAGGUGACAUUCAUAUGAUUAUCACACAUUUGAGAAAUGAUCAUAAAGUGGAUAUGCAUGAUGGUUGUACUUUUAACCAUCGUUAUGUCAAGGCCAACCCACAUGAGGUUGAAAAUGCGACUUGGAUGCUCACGGUCUUCAAUUGCUUCGGCCAACACUUCUGUCUUCACUUCGAGGCAUUUUUAAUAGAGAAGGCUCCUGUUUACAUGGCCUUUUUGAGAUUCAUGGGUGAAGAUGAUGAGGCCCAGAAGUUUAGCUACAGCUUGGAAGUGGGUGGUAAUGGCCGCAAAAUGUUGUGGCAAGGGGUGCCCAGGAGCAUCAGGGAUGGCCACAAGAAGGUCAGAAUCAGUCAGGACGGUCUGAUCAUCCAGCGAAAUUUGGCCCUGUUCUUCUCCGGCGGAAACCACCAGGAGUUGAAGCUUCGAAUCACCGGCCGGAUCUGGAAAGAAGAGUGAUAACUUUUGUUCACCUAAAUUGGAGGUAAGUAAUUCUGGGCUCACAAAGCUUGAUGUAAUAAUCUCUUUUGUGUGGAGUCUUCUGAAAAAUUUGCUUCAUCCUGUAUGAUUUGUGUUUAGCCUUUGUGAUAAGUUCAUGAUGUCAAUUAACAAUGGGAAAUGUCUGGUAAUGGUUUCUGCUUCAAUCCUCAUCUCAAUAACUGUUCCAUCUUGGAAAAAAAGAAAAGCUGUUAGGAAAUACGUUUUGCUUUA